AUGAACAACAAAGAUAGACAGGUAACCGAAUCGAAUGAGAAACAGAUCUUACCACGGUUCCCAAUAUCCAAAAUCAAGAAAAUAGCAAAGUGUGACAAAGAAUAUAUUGUCACUUCAAAUGCAGCCAUCGUGGCGAUAUCUUUUGCUACUGAAUUGUUUAUUCAAUCGCUAGCAGAAGAUGGGUUGUCUAUGUCAUAUCUACAACAAGACAAAAGAUCAAUGAAAAGAAAUAGUAAGAGGAUGACAAAUAUUGUAGAUAAUGGUAGCAGUGUUGCAAUGAUGAAACAAGUCAGAUUGACUUUAGAUGAUUUAAUUGAAUCUGUUCAAAGAAAUGAACAAUUCUAUUUUCUAGAAGAUGUCAUCAAUAGGAGAAAUUUCAAUAACGAUUCUAAAGGCAGUAAAAAAGACAAUCCAGGGAUAAUAAGAAGCACAGAGACAAAACAUGAAAAAGGUAAUAAGCCAUUGGGUGGAAACCAAUCAGUAUUACCAUUUGGUAAAAUGGAAACAGCAAUUUCAACUUUAAAAAAUGUAGACAGCAAUGAAAGUGGAGAUGAUGAUCAAAAAGAAGGAAACGAAGAAGAUGUUAUUGAUGGUGUGGAAGAGGAAGAGGAAGAAGAAGAAGGAACUGGGGAAAUGAUACUGCACGAUGUUGACAGUGAGGUUGAAUUACAAAGAGAGAUUGAAAAAAUGAAUACAGUGGAAGAUAUAGAUGAUCAAAUAGGUGAAGAGGAGGAGGACAAUGGAGAUCAUGAUGAUGAUACUAAUGAGAAGGUAAGAUCUAGAGAGAGAUUGGUGGGCAGAGAAGAGACUACAGAAGAAAUAUUGGACUGA